CAAAUUUUGAGAUUGUCCAUAUAAGAAAAUAUGCUUUAUUUUUUGAUGAAGGAAAAAAGAUAGAUAGAAAAUACUAAGCCCAAUAAAUAGUUAAAUACAAAGAAAAUUGGGGAAAAAUGGAGUCAAGCUUGACAAAAUAUGGAGGGUCUCUAAAAGUUCCCUUUGUGCAAGAAUUGGCUAAGAAGAACUUAACCAAAGUCCCAUCAAGAUAUGUUCGUUUUGAAGGCGAUGAUCAUAUCUCACGUAACCUCUCUUCCUCACUCGAAAUCCCCACAAUCGAUUUUCAAAAGUUACUCGAUCCAAAUUUCAUGGAUUUCGAGCUUCGUAAGCUACACAAUGCAGGCCAAGAAUGGGGCUUUUUUCAAAUUAUCAACCAUGGGGUGGACAUUAGAGUGAUAGAGACUAUGAAAAUGGAGAUCAAGAAAUUUUUUAAUCUCCCAACUGAAGAAAAGAAUAAAUAUAAUCAAGAGCCAGAGGAUGUUGAAGGCUACGGGCAAAUAUUUGUUAAGUCAGAAGAGCAAAAACUUGAUUGGGCAGAUAUGUUUUACAUAGCCACACAACCAACUCAUUUAAGAAAGUCUCACUUGAUCCCCAAGCUUCCACCUAAAUUCAGGGAUGCCAUAGAGUCAUACUCAACAGAAAUGAAGACACUAGCCAUGGGAAUUCUUUACCAAAUGGCAAAAGCCUUGAAAAUGAAAGAUGAAGAGAUGAAUGCUUUGUUUGGUGAAGGGCAACAAUCCAUGAGGAUGAAUUAUUAUCCUCCAUGUCCCCAACCAGAGCUUGUAAUGGGCCUUUGCCCACAUUCUGAUGCUUCUGGGCUUACUAUUCUCCUUCAUGUCAAUGAGAUGGUGGGCCUCCAGGUCAAGAAAGAUGGGCUUUGGGUCCCAGUUUCACCACUCCCUGGUGCAUUUGUUGUCAACAUUGGUGAUGCUUUGGAGGUGGUGACCAAUGGAAUUUAUAGGAGCAUUGAGCACAGAGCAACAGCAAACUCCCAAAAGGAGAGGCUCUCAAUUGCCACAUUUCUGAAUCCAAGACUCGACGGCAAUUUGGGCCCUGCUCCAAGAUUAUUGGGCCCAAAAAAUCCAGCCCAAUUCAAAACAGUUAGUGUCAUGGAGAACUCAAGCUUAACAAAGCUAGGUGGGACUUUAAAAGUGCCCAUUGUACAAGAAUUGGCUAAGAAAAACUUAACUACGGUCCCAUCACGAUAUGUUCGUCUUGAAGCCGAUGAACAUAUCUCGAGUAACCUCUCUUCCUUACUUGAAAUUCCCACAAUCGAUUUUCGCAAGUUAUACGACUCCGAUUUCAUGGAUUUCGAGCUUCAUAUGCUACACAAUGCAUGCCAAGAAUGGGGCUUUUUUCAGAAUUUUUUUAAUCUCCCAACAGAAGAAAAGAAUAACUAUUAUCAGGAGCCAGGAGACUUGCAGGGUUAUGGGCAAGCCUUUGUUGUGUCAGAAGAGCAAAAACUUGAUUGGGCAGAUAUGUUUUACAUAGUCACUCAACCAACUCAUUUGAGAAAGUCCCACUUAAUUCCCAAGCUUCCACCUAAAUUCAGGGAUGCCAUAGAAUCAUACUCAGCAGAAAUGAAAGCACUAGCAAUGGAAAUUCUUUACCAAAUGGCUAAAGUCUUAAAAAUGAAAUCUGAAGAGAUUGAUAAUUUAUUUGGAGAAGGGCUACAAGCCAUGAGGAUGAAUUAUUAUCCUCCAUGUCCUCAGCCAGAGCUUGUAAUGGGCCUUUGCCCUCAUUCUGAUGCUGUUGGGCUUACUAUUCUCUUACAGGUGAAUGAGAUGGUGGGCCUCCAGAUUGUGACCAACGGAAUUUAUAGGAGCAUUGAGCACAGAGCAAUUACGAACUCACAGAAGGAGAGACUCUCAAUUGCCACAUUUAUAACUCCCAGACUUGACGGCAAUUUGGGCCCAUCUCCAAGCCUUGUAAGCUCCGAAAGCCCAGCCCAAUUCAAGACAACUAGUGUAGCUGAUUAUCUAAGGAUUUAUUUUUCUGGGGAGCUCAAAGGGAAGUCGCAUCUUGACUUCUUUAGAACUUAG